AUGACUAAAGAUUUGACAUUCGACAUCCGUUACGACAACGAGCUCGCACACGAUUACUACCGCGAGGGAGCGGACCUCGCUGCUGUAAUCAGAGACAUCUACAGAGACCGCCAACUGCACAUCCCAGAUGCGUUCGAGUCGACACUGACUACCCCGCCUAUCCAUUUCAUGGAGGUCGAAGCGCCCGAGGAUAUCGAUGUCGAGGAGCUGAGGAAGGUGGAUGUCCCUCCUGGAUUGAGUAUUGAGAUUCAGGAUUUUCAUAUCUAA